GAGAAAAGGGCAAAUCCGUAAAUAAAAUCAACAUCGUGGCUCCGAUUCGAUUGCGAUUUUCCAAAUUCUUGAAACCCUAUACAGUUUCCCUCUCAAAAGGAGCGUAAAGGUCAUACCUUUUCACCCAAUUCUUCAUCUUCUUCAACCUCUGUGUCCCUAUAGUUUCAGACCAAUCUGUUUCUACUUUCCCAACGUUACCUCAAUUUCGGAUUCGUUCAUAAAGAUUCACACUUUACCUCCUCGAAUCGUGUUUGGGUGUGGUGGGUCAAUCGAUUCUCUAAUUGCUUCCAUUGGGUUUGUAAAGGCUUGAGUUUUUGUUCUGGGUCAAUCUUGUCUCUAGGGUUUUAUACCUAUAACGAUGGAGGUAAGUUUGACGGCGGGAGCAAUCGGGAAGAUAAUGAGUGGAGAAGUGACGAGUGAGAAUGACAUGAUGCCGGUGCUACAAGUGACGGAUUUGAAGCAUGUUAAGGCUCAUCAAAAUCCAACGAGUGAGAGGUUUAGGAUGGUUUUAUCAGAUGGGACGCACUUGCAUCAAGGAAUGCUCGGAGCUGAUCUGAACAAUCUUGUUAAAGAUGGUUCUCUUCAAUCCGGUUCGAUUAUUAGACUUACUCAUUUCGUCGGUAGUAUCGUCCAGCAGCGAAGGAUUGUUAUUGUUAUGGUACUUGAGGUGAUAAAAGUGAAGUUUGAUAUAAUUGGGAAUCCUGUUCCAAUAAAGCCUAGUGAUCAACGUGGAACCGAUUCUGGUAUUAAGUUGAAUACAACUGGUUCUGAGCAACAAGGUAGGGGUGAGUCUAGUGGUGUCCGUCAAGUAAUCAAUACCGAGACUGGGAGAAGUAAUGCAGCUAUUUCACCUCAAGUUGUUCAAAGGCAAGUGUUUGGUACUGGUUCUAGUGUUCCUGCAUCAACACCUUCUUCCACUCGAGCAUACAGCAAUCCGUCUGCAGGUCAUGGAGCCCCUAGGCAGGACUAUGCGCGUGAUCCUCCAACCACUUAUCCUCGUCAGCCUACUUAUCAGCCUCAACCACCACCGCCAAUGUAUGCAAACAGGGGACCAGUGGCAAGGAACGAAGCACCUCCUAGGAUAAUUCCAAUUAAUGGUCUUAGCCCGUACUCAGGUAGGUGGACCAUCAAGGCCAGAGUCACGAAUAAAGCAGAACUUAGGGAAUACAGUAAUCCCCGUGGGCAAGGGAAAGUGUUCAGCUUUGAUCUUCUUGAUGCUGAUGGCGGAGAGAUACGUGUUACUUGUUUUAACGCUGUGGCUGAUCAGUUCUAUGACCAGAUUGUUGUUGGUAAUCUUUAUCUGGUUUCUAGGGGCAGUUUGCGGCCUGCCCAGAAGAACUUUAAUCAUCUUCCCAAUGAUUACGAGAUCACGCUGGAUAAUGCAUCAACUAUACAACAAUGUUAUGAGGAGGAUGCUGGAAUCAUUCCACACCAUCAAUUCCAUUUCCGUACCGUAGGUGAUAUUGAAAGCAUGGAGACCAACAGCAUCAUUGAUGUAAUUGGUAUUGUGUCAUCUAUCAGUACUACUGUUGCAAUAAUGAAGAAAAACGGAACUGAAACACAGAAGAGAUCACUUCAGUUAAAGGAUAUGUCUGGUCGAAGUGUGGAGGUAACUAUGUGGGGUAACUUCUGCAAUGCCGAAGGACAAAGGCUGCAAAAUAUUUGUGAUUCUGGUGGCUUUCCGGUUCUUGCUGUUAAGGCGGGCAGGAUCAGUGAGUUUAACGGAAAGGCAGUGAGCACCAUUGGAUCAAGUAAACUGUUCAUUGACCCUGAUUUUGUUGAAGCCCUGAAACUGAAGGACUGGUUUGAGAGAGAAGGAAAGAGUGUCCCUUGUAUCUCCAUAUCUCGGGAGUUUUCCGGGAGUGCCAGAGUAGAUGUUCGCAAAACAAUAUCACAAAUUAAGGAUGAGAAACUAGGGACCUCAGAAAAACCAGACUGGAUCACAGUCAGUGCCACUAUUAUAUACAUGAAGUUUGACAACUUCUGCUACACAGCUUGUCCUAUCAUGAACGGUGAUCGUCUAUGCAGCAAAAAGGUCACAAGCAAUGGAGAUGGCACAUGGAGGUGUGAAAAGUGUGAUAAAAAUGUUGAUGAAUGUGACUACAGGUAUAUACUGCAGCUCCAGAUACAGGACCAUACGGAUAUUACUUGGGUCACGGCAUUUCAGGAGGCUGGUGAAGAGAUAAUGGGCAUGUCUGCUAAAGAUUUGUAUCAUGUGAAGUAUGUAAAUGAGGAGGAGGAAAAAUUUGAAAGUAUCAUCCGUAAGGUUGCUUUUACCAAGUACAUCUUGAAGCUGAAGGUAAAAGAAGAAACAUAUGGCGACGAACAGCGUGUGAAAGCAACAGUUGUGAAAGUGGACAAGCUAAACUAUUCAUCAGAUACCAAGACUAUUUUAGAUGCCAUGGAUAAACUCAGGAACAGAGAUGCAAGUUCUCUUCCCAUAAAGCGAGAAGGAUCCCAUCACACCGUUGAGGUGGUUAACACUAGUAUAGGAAGUGCAGGAACCAGAGAUCCCUCAUCAGUCGAAAGAAGGGAUUUCGGUUUACACGCACAUCAAUCGCGUCAACAUGGGAAUCAGUAUAGUAAUGGCGGCUCUGGGCCUCAUGGUGGUGGUGCUACUAGCUGCAAUGUCUGUGGAAACAGUGGUCAUGUUUCUGCAAACUGUCCAAGCGUUAACGAACCACAAGGGCAGUACAGAGGGACGUCUGGGAGUUAUGGAGGAGGACUACCUAGGCAACAUGUUGGAAGCUACUGAGAUUCACAAUCAUCAUCUGAUGCUCUCACUCUUUUGUUGUACACUUUUGGUUUUGGUCUUAUGAACUAAUACGGGGCGUUUCUGAAGCCUUUUUAGGUUAUUUAUGCAUAUCAGGUUCUCUUUUUUAUGUUUGGUUUAUGAAAUCAACAAACUCGUUUUUGUGAUAUAUUUAAGUUUCUCAGCUAAGAAUGAGACUAUGAGUUGGGAA